AUGCAAUGGUUCAAUAAGUUUUCUUCCACUCUUAAAGCCCAUGGGUUCACUCAAUCCAGGAAUGAUUACUCCUUGUUUACUUGUGGUAAUGAUACUAAUCUUGUUACCUUGAUUGUUUAUGUAGAUGACAUCAUUGUUGCUGGACCAAAUGCUACUAGAAUCCAUCAAGUUCAAACCACUUUGCAGAAAAUUUUCAAGCUCAAGGUUCUCGGAGAUCUCAAAUAUUUCCUCGGAUUAGAGAUUGCUAGAAGUAGUAAAGGGAUCAAUUUAUGUCAGCGAAAAUAUGUUCUUGAAUUACUUAGUGAUACUGGAUUUUUAGCCUCCAAGCCCACUAGUCUUCCCAUGGAUCCAAACAACAAUCUUAAUGCUGAAAUUGGUGACUUAUUGCCUGAUCCUUCUUUAUACAGAAGGCUUAUUGGAAGGCUUCUAUACCUAACUAUUUCUAGACCUGAUAUUACAUAUGUUGUUCAUAAGCUAAGUCAAUUCAUGCAAAGUCCAACAAACAUUCCUCUCAAAGUUGUUCAUCAUUUGCUGCAAUAUCUAAAAGGCACACCAGGUCAAGGAAUUCUAUUUCCAGCUAACUCUACAUUACAAUUAACUGUUUAUUGUGAUGCAGAUUGGGCAGGAUGCUUAAGUACCCGUAGAUCAACCACUGAAAAUUUAGGAAGGCAGAGAUCCACAACCAUAGCUGUGGAUUUGGAGCUCGAGCUGUGGAAAUCUGGGAAGGAAUUAGAAAUCCAGAAAGUUGCAACUAUAGUUGUGGAUCUGCAGCUAUAG